AUGAGGCUAGCAAAUACCAUGCCCAGUAAGCUCGAUGGAAAUCUAUGCGACAUUUACUCGGACUACAUGGUAAGGCAUUUUCCUAGUCUUGGGCCGGAUCCAACACUGGAUUUCCAAGUUCUUGCAACCAUCAGAUACGACCCCAACCUUUCCGAAAUUACACCGCUAAGCUAUGAAGAUAUAACACGACAGAAUUUCUUUCUACUAGAAGAGCAUGUUGCUAGACUCAACUUCACUUUUGAGUUUUUCCACAACCUCUAUGGAACCGCGAUGGAUUUCGAAGUGACUCAAGAAAUAUUGUGGAAGCAAUUGGUUGAAAGUCUACGGAGCCUGGGCAAGAUUGUGUUUAUGCCUUAUAAAAUUAGAGGCUUGUUCAAGCUCGAUGGGUCGGCAGUGUUGGAGAUUCACGACACCACAAAUAGAUUGAAUCUUCUUGGGCCUUUAUACCCUAAAGCCGGGGUUAAUUUUGGUGUUAAUGUCGAUAUUGGUGGACUAGAAUACUUGCAUAAUUUCGGCACCAGUGACGGUGCUGAGGAUAUAGUUUGGGAUGUCUACUUGAACAAGAACUCGACCUUGAUGUCGCCUUUCACGUCCUUCAAGACUACAAAAAGAGACGUUUACAACACGGCCCGCGCCAUUUUGCCCGGUUUGAACCCGGGGAUAGAAGAAGUGUUGCUUUUCAACACCCAAGACCAACUUAUGGAAGGGUCAAUCAGCAAUGUCGCGAUUCAACGGAAAUCAGAUAAGCGGUGGAUAACCCCGCUUUUGAGCUCCGGUUGUCUAUGUGGCGUGACGCGACAUUUCUUGCUACGGAGAAACUUGAUCGAGGAGGAGUUGAUCACUAUGAACCAACUAGAAGUUGGCAUGGACGUUUUGCUAUUCAAUGGUGUGAUGGGCGUAGUAAAGGGGAAAAUCGUGGGAUGA